CGUCCCUCCUGUCCUGUGUGUUCUCUCGUGUGUGUAUACAUACACACCAUAUACAGAUGUGUAUGUAUACAUAGCUGGUACAACACACAUAUGUACCUAUCUACCUAUAGUAAGUAAGGAGUUGCGUUCGUUCGACGACGGCUUCAGUUUUUAGUAACGUAAGUAAUACAAGUGCAGGGUACAGUGGUGCUAAAAGUGUGGAUAUAAUUGAGUGUGCAAGUGUCAUCUGCUUCACUAUCAUCGAGUACCGGAGUGGAGUAAAGUAUCAUAUAAUAAGUAAGUGUGAGUGAGAGAGUGAGCAGCAGCAGCAGCAGCAGCAGUAGGUAUAGCAGCCAAAUGCACGGGGCGCCAUCGAUGGAGCUGCUGGCGCGUCGUCCUCCUCCACCUCAACGUCGUCGUCGAUGCUGCUGCUACAAUUACGAUUACUCCUGGGCGCCGGUUCCUAUCUCGAAGAUGGUGUUCUCAACGAGCAGGGACGAGCAGCUGCGGGAGAGCUGCACCUCCUCCGCGUCGUCGUAGAGGUUGGACGUGCAGUGUUGUUUCAUCCUCGUCGUCGUCGUCGUCGUCGCCGUCACCAACAUUAUCAGCAUCACCGUCGUCGUAGUCGGCGUGAUUUAUCCAAUACCUAGUGAAUUUUAACGACGGCGACAACGUUGUGUCGUCGUGUGAAGAGCAGCGAGGAGCACAUCAGGCACACACACGCGAGUCCCAGUGUGUUUUGCUCGAGCCCUCGCUUCCCCUCUACCUAUCCCUCGUCGUCCUCUUCCUCUGCCAAUGAGGAACAUAAUGGCCCUGCAGCAGCAGCAAAAUACUGCCUGCGGUGCUGCUGCUGCUGCUAGUGCUGGUGUCUCGGGUAAAGAUCAGCAAAAUAAUGCCAAGGAUUCGAGCUCCGUUAGUUACGAGAGGAUGCGCGAAUCCUUCAUGCGCGACCUGCAGCACUUCCACGAUACCAGAGGCACAUCGUUCAAGAAAAAUCCAAAGGUCAAUGGAAGGAAUGUGGAUCUUUACAAACUCUACACACUUGUUACAUCUAGAGGCGGAUGGAUACAGGUAAACUCGAAGAACGAGUGGACGUGGCUCUGCGAGGAGUUCCAUUUGCCCAACGGCUGCGUCAACAGUGGCGUUGGCCUCAAACAAAUUUAUUUACGAUACCUUGACAGGUAUGAAAAGGUACACUAUCUAGGCGAAGACGGUCAUCAAGCGGACGAUGAUGACGAAGACUCGAGACAUCGGAAGUGGAAUGUCAGGUCUCUGCAUUCGGUACCACAUACCUACAAUCACAAUCAGCACAACGUGGCUGACUCGCUGCGGGAGUACAACGGGCUCUCCUCGGACCUGUACAAGCCGUCGAGCUACGACAAGCUAGCCCUGUCCCUGCUCUCGCCCCUGCCGAACGAGCAGGACUUUGCGAUCAACGUCUGCACCUUUUUGUCGAACGAGGGCAAGCACACCCUCCGGCUGGACAAGUACCCCCGGCUCAUAGCCCACCUGAUAGCCCACGCCGGUGUCUUCGACUCCCCGGGCACGCGACAGCUCUUCAUCGAGGUCUACUCGCGGGUGCGCAACUACUCCAUCAACUCGUUCUGGCAGGAUGUCCUCGACUCCCAGGACGUCCUCGACCUCACCGACGAGAGACUGUUCUUCCUCCCUGGCAAAAAGAAGACGAAGAAAAAGGCACUCCCCCCUGGCCCCGAUAACAAAGCGCUGUCUAGCAGGCAACAGUCGGACGACGGCUCUUGUCCCAUGGACAUCGAUAACGGUUCGUUGAGCUGCGACAGGCUACUGGAGAGCACCGACCUCGAGGUACUGGACGAGCGAUUGGGUUCGACGACGAGCGCGCAUAUGCUGUUUCUCCUGGACGAGGCCACGUGUUCCUCGUCCAUUUCCUCGAGCACCUUCAAGGACCAGAAUCAGAACUCGAUCAAGUUCGAGGAGGACGACAGGGAUCUAUUUUGCGUGGGUCGGACGUUCGGCACCCAGGAUCCUUACGGUCAGCGUGUCCUCCAGAUCGCCUCGAUUCUUCGCAAUUUGAGCUUUACGCCCGAGAACGCGGCGGUGCUCGGCCGCUCGCCCCCUUUUCUGCGCUUCGUGUUGCUCUGUGUGCGCGCCAGGUGGAGCAAUCUCCACCAGUUGGGUUUCGACACCUUGGGCAACGUCGCCAGCGAGAUCGUUCUCAAGGACGCGGGCAAGAGGCUCACCAGCGUCAUAUUGCAGUGCGUCGCCCGGGGCAUCAGCUCGCAGGACAGGUUCGUCGUCAUCAGCUGCCUCGAGAUACUCAACAAGAUCAGCCUGCAGGACUUGAACGAGGACACCCUGGUCCACGGCUUGGACGAUCACGUGUACGAGCUCAUAUGCAGGUUCCUGGCUCUCAGUGACAUUGCCCUGCUCGUCUACACGCUCGAGUGCCUCUACGCGCUCACGUCCCUCGGCGAGAAGCCUUGUACGAGCGUAGCUCGGGUUCGAGGUGCCAUAGACACCCUCGUGGCGCUCGUUACCGUUGAAGCUCAGAGUUACGGGCCCAAGGCUUGCAUACUAAUGCGGGUCGUCGAGACAGUCUCCUCGGUGCCCAAUUCCCAGCAGCAGCCCCAGCAAUCCCCGUCACCACAGUCUGGACAAUCGCCGCAGCCAGUUCAGAUUCAAGCGUCGCCGAGCUCGCCGCACGUGCACCAGCAAAAUGCUACGACUGUUGUUACCAGUGGCACGAAUCACGUGAGCGCCACUGCCCCGACUACUGGUGCGCCUACUGCCACGAAUGUGUCUGUUGUUGCUCCUACGCAGACGAGUGCCGUGAGCAGUACUGCCGCUAACCCUGUCGCUCAUGCUGCUUCUACAACCAACGUGGUGAGUGCUCCUGUCAAUCAGCAAACGCAACAGACUCCUGUCGUGCAAGUGCAGCAGCAACAGCAACAGCGGCAGACGCAAGUUGUUCAAGUGCAACAAGCGCAAGCUCAAGUUGAGGUGCAACAACAGGCACCCGCGGCUAAGCAAGUGGCUGCCAAGGUGACCACGGCGUCCAAUUCGUCUUCCAGACCGAGUACUCCUAAGAAUGCUGCUGCAAAAGUGCCAGUAACCAAUUCGUUACAACAGCAACACGCGCAUCAGCAAAUCAUCCAGGAGAACGAGCAGUUCGCCCUUGGGUGGUUGAAAGCUAACUUUGAACCAGCUCCCGGUGUGAAAAUCGAGCAGGAAGAAUUGUACAAAAAAUAUUUAGGAAAUUGCACAAAAAUCGGUAGACGAGGCGUUAUUGCACCUCUGCAUUUCCCCAGAUGUGUCAGAUCCGUCUUUGGAGGCACGAUAGGUCCUAAUCCUCUUAAGGGCGAUACUAGUGGAUCCAUGUUCUACGAGGGUAUUAAAUUGCGCGUGAACCCGGGCCAAGUGUCAUAUCCGAGCCAAAGUACGACGAGCGCGACGAAUGCCAAUCAAACGUUGGCAACAGUAUCAGCAGCAGCAGUAGCAGCAACUGGCAAUGUCGUCACGGUCGUCAGCAGUGGAAACCCGGCAAAGGUGCAGCAACUACCACAACAGCGUAACGAUAGCACACCGACACCGUCUUCCUCGAUCCUAAAAGCCCAACUGUCCGCACCGCCAAAACCCCAACUACCGAUCAUUCCUCUUAGUAGUCCGUUAAAAACCCUUACCCCUGUCACGAGCAGCGUCCCUUUCGAGCCCAAGAGCCAGGUCUCGGUAGCGCAUCCUCACCUGAGCCAGGCCCUCCUAGCCAGUGGUGCUCAACAGCAGCAACAAUCAACACAAUCCCAGCAGCAAGCAACUGUACAGACACCAGCAGGUCAGCAAGUGAUGCAGGUGAUCGUCGAGAAAGACGGUCGCGCGGUCGCCACGACCUCAAGCUCCAUUAUCAAAAGCCUACUGGCAACCAAGGUAACGGCCAGCGGCGAGUGCAUGCAAGCCGCCGCAGCCUCCCAAUCCACCUCUCCCUGUGUGUCAGCCGCUGUGCCGGUAGUAACAAACGCAACCGGCGUAGUAUCCAGCAUCAGUGCCAACCAGCUACUAACCGCCAAUCAGGUUGUUCAACGUCAGCAACAGCAGCGUCAGCAACAAUUGAAUCAGCAACAAAUAACGGGGGUUUUGCAAACGACGACAUCGGUCGGCACGCCGGUCAAGAUAAUCACUAACGCCAAAUCAAAGCCAGCUAUCGUAACUCUAAAGAAAUUCCGGAGGCUCAACGGUGCCAAGGUCAUUGUUGCCAAUAACUGCGAGAAGGUCGACUCUAUGGAGACGGAUAGCAAUGCAGCGUCGCAGGCACAAACGGCGGCAGCUGUUGCGAGCAUAACUACGCCGGCCAACAGAGAACCAAAUAACAUAACCAGUGCUCUACGAGUCUACCGACCGGCUCAUCAUCAACAAGUGUCAGUUGUGUCUGGCUCAACAAGUCCGGCUAGAACAGCUGGCACGCAACCUCAGCAACCAAGAAACGUCUGCACCACUCCGAUUGCUGAAGAUUCAGAUUCGACAAAUAACUCGAUUGCCUCGUCUAGUGGUAUUGGCGGCAGUAGGGACUUGUCCGGUGUUGGAGCGGAGGAGGAUAACUCAUUGACGAGUUUCGAAGGUAUCCUCCAGAAUGGAGCACCGAGUAAUCUUGACAUUGACGCUCAGGAGGACGGCUCGUCCAAAGACUCAUCCAGUGCUGGCUCGAAGGACAAGCCGUUACAGGGCAUGAUGCUUGCCGAUUUGUUAGAGCGCAAAGUCGACAAAGAGCCGGUGAUGAACGGCCUGCUAGGGGGUAGCAAGAAGGAUCUUGUGGAGAAUCAUAUUAAAAUGGUACUCAAAGACUCAUCUGACGUGAAAAUCAAGACCGAUGUAUCUGAAGACACGCUUAUGGAGGCGCCCCAGCCUCGUGCUGGAAUCAAACGUUCUGCUAGUAUAGACGAAGAACUAGCUGUGGAAGUGAAAAAGCCCAAGUAUGCGAAUGGUACUACCUCUCCGGAUCCGGCGGUUGUUGACUCGACGACCAUUUCGAGUAUCAAGUCGGAAGAGGACGAGAAGGAAGAGAAGGUGACGGUCUCGUCAACAGCGGCAAAUCUUUACGCUGCGCUUGCCGCGGAUAUUAUCGAUGACGAAACAGAUCUUGAGGAUCCGGUGACCGUUAAGGAUGAAAAACCCGUUAUCAAGGAAGAAGUUCAAGUUAAGGAGGAGCUUCCACAAUCGCCUGUUGCGGUUAAUCAAGUGGUGGGAAAUCAAAUAGUCCUGACUCCGGAACAACAGCAGCACAUUCAGCAACAAGUGCAAGCGCAACAGGCAGCUCAGCAGGCUCAACAGCAACAACAACAACAACAGCAACAGCAAAAGAUACAACAAGUGGUUCAGCAACAAGUGCAACAACAACAACAGCAGCAAUCACAACAGCAAACCCACCAGAUUGCUAUAACCCAACAACAGCUCCAACAGCAGCUACAGCAAGGGUUGCUUGUUGCAUCUCCACGUCAAAUAGUCGUUCAGCAAGCCAUCCAGGCCAAUAACCAAAUCGUUACUAUUCCCACUUCUGCGAUCAAGGGUCGCCAAACCCACCAGAUACAGUCUCAAGUGUUGCAGGUGCAACAGGGACCUGGUGGACAAACUCAUUACGUUAUUUCUGGUGGCGUUCCUGGCCAGAGUUACAUGGUGGCCCAACCCCAAACGGCUCUUGUUCAAGGCCAAGCACAAACGGUUCUGGUGGCUCAGCAACAGGGCACCAACACUAAAACGAUCAUUAUACUGCAACCCCAGGCUACCGCACAACCGCAACAACAGAAGAUGGUUGCCGUUACGCCUCAGGGGCAACAGGUCGUUGUGACUCAGGUUCAAAGACCGAUACUGCAAAAUUCAUCGAUAGGACAAAUCCCUCCACCCUUGGUACCUACUUCGGGAAAUAUGACCCAGGCCUCGAUUGUGAUGAACAGUGCUGUAGCUCAACAAAUUCAGCAACAACAGCAACUACAAGUACAUCCCCAACCUCAACAACAAGUCCAAUCGAACCCAGUGACAAUGGUGCAAACACAGCAAGUUAUGACUGGAUCAGUGCCCUCAAGAGUCGUUACGCCAACACCUGCCAACACACCUCCACCAACUAGACCCACGACCCCGCAUCAAGCUGCUGCGACGCAACAACCCACUGUAGCCGCUCCGGUAGUUGUGAAAACGCCGCAGCCAUCCGUAACACCAGCUCAGCCAGUGACCAAGGACUCCAAAGACGUGAAAAUCGUUACUACGUCGACUUCUGGGGGAACGGAAAACAAGGGUAACAGUGGUAAUAAUGGUAGUAAUAAGUCAACGACGAGUCAGCAAGAAGCGACGACCACGUCAACGAUUACGAGCAAUAGCACCACGCGAGCACAAACUACGUCGACGUCCGCCGCGACAACAGCUACUCCGACUACGACAAGCAAUAUUUCCAAAACCAUUACGAUCAAGAUUGAUCCUACCGCGUUCCUCUGUGAAUGGAGAGGUUGUCUCAAACAAUUCAAAACUCCUCGCAGAGUGUUUUUGCAUGUUUGCGAAGUACACUGCCCAAACGGAAACGAAGAAAGUCUCUGUCUCUGGCCGAACUGUGACACUUUGAAGCGACGAAGAUUUUCCCUAAUGACGCAUCUACUUGACAAGCAUUGCUGCGAGGAAGUAAUGCUGAUGAGAAGAAAACAAUUGAGCUUAUCGGGUAAGACGGAAGUGACAACGACGACGGCGGCUGCUCCCGUGACUACUCAUCAUCCAGGCUAUGCACCUAAUGCUGCGUUCCAUGCCAUAAAGAGGCACGCCCUAGAAUUCGUCAAUCCUAAGGAAUUAAUGCAAAGGCCAUCCAAGCCCGCUGCGGCCAACUCAAGCUCCUCUUCCCCCCGACCCGGGCAAAAUCCUCCACCAGACCAGGAUGACAAUGAAGGACCUGUUACGAAAAGUAUUCGCCUGACAGCAGCUCUCAUUCUUAGAAACCUAGUCAUAUAUUCCGCGCAGGGUAGGAGACAUCUACGUGCAUACGAGCCACAUUUGGCCGGUGUGGCAUUGAGUAACGUCGAAUCGUCCAGGACAAUCGCACAAGUUCUUUACGACAUGAAUGAUCAAAGUAGCAGUGGUCACAGGUGACCUUAUGAAGCGAGCCUCCAGGGAAAAAGUAACUUUGAUUCGUAAAAACUCGAGCAGUGAUCAAUCUUAAUAUAGAUAAUUCUGGUGUUGUGUUUAUAAAUUAGUGCGAGCCAAAAACUAAAGCUCUUGAGCACAUUUACACACAUACAUACAGGCACACAUGAAUACACAUAUACAUCGCGUGGAGACGGAAUCUUGGUGGUGAAGUGAUAAUCUUUAACCGGAAUGAAGACGCAAGUAUUUGAUGGUCCGCUAGUUUAUGACAAUGUUCCAUAAUCGUUAAGAAAAUAAGGAUGAGUUAAAAAAGAGGCCUAAAAACUUACUAGGCAAGCCAAUUUGCCGAUUAUUCUAGCAUUAAUUGAAUUGUGCAAACUAGAAGAGAUAGCAUAGUGCUUGACAAAAAAAAAGUAAAUUCUCUCAUUUGCUAUGUAGUUAUGGGAAAUGAAUUUGCAAUCAAGCUAAAAAUUGCGGAAAAUAACUGAUGAAUUUCCAUACGAUGUUUGUUGGAUAGAAGCAGAGAUACAAACAUAAAAACACUGUUAAAAGGACAAAAUGAUACUUCAGAUUUAAUAUUAAUAUUUAUUUUCUCAAAUGAAGGUGGCAAAAAUGUUUUUAGUGUGUACAAAAGGUAAAAUGACGAUAAAGACUUGAAGAUAAUCGAGCGCAGUGGUAAAUGAAACAAAAAUACCUUUAAAAAUGUUAAUAGGUUAAUUGUAAUGAAUUAAUGUUAUUGUGUAUUAUCUACGUUUUCUUUCUUUGUAAGUUCUUUUGUUCUCUUCUUUUUUUUCAUGAUUCAUGAGAAAGAACAUCAGAGUAAAAAUAGAAAGUCUUUUUAUUGAUUGUAUUUUUUAGAAAGUGUAUAAUUUUUUUCUCGCUUACUGAUUGCAUAUCGCAAUUGUACAUGGCUAUCCCAUCGUCUCUCUUUGUUUUUAAUAUUUUAAUUAUAAUCUCCACGAUUCAGCAUAGAAUCCAUAAAAAGAGAAUUAUACUUUGGAUUUCUAUAGUUCGUCGUCUCUUAUUAGUUUGUAAUACAAAGGUCCCGUGCUCUUGAGUUUUCAUCUUUAUUAUCUAUGAUUUUCAUGUGUAGAUUUUUUUUUUUUUUUCUAUUUUGAAGCACUAUUUGAUGGUGCAUGUAAUUCGGUUUACUCUAAAGAAAAAGCGAAGUUUAUUAAAUUUCAGUAAAUGUAUACAUAUUACACUACUUUUAUAUGAAAUAGAUUAUUAUUAAAAGUUUUUGAUGAAUUUUUUUUCGAUGACAUGAUUCUGUUUACACGAAAAAUGACACAUUGCAUUUAUUGUAACAUCAUUUUUUACCUUAAGUCGCGAAGGAUAAGUGUGAAAAAGCGAAUCGAAUCGAAGCUUUGAAUGAGAAUACUAGUUGAUAAAGCGAAAGAAUGUAAUAACUUUGUAAAAAGAAACUAAUUUUAAGACUUCAUUUAACAUUAAUGGAAAAAAAAAUGCAAGCACGUACAUACACAUACUGUAAAUAUUCUCUGUAUUUCAUUUGCAAUGUGAAAAUUUAAAUAAAAACUGCGAUUAAUGGGAAACAUUUUUAUCAAAAAUCGUUGUGACAAAACAAAUGUGCAAACGAAUUGAAUCAGAUUACUCUCGAUAAUCAAAUAAAUUUCUUUGUAUCAUAUAAAAAAAUAAAAUAAAAGCGAUCUUCUACUAAAAA